UUGUAACUCUGAAAGAACAGGUUUACUUUCCUGGUAGAUUUUAAAAAUUUUAAUGAAAGACAAUAAGAGACAAACAAUAAAUCAAAAGGUUAUAACAGCCAGUGCUUGGCAUUCUUUUGGAAACACCCCUUAAAUUCAUCAGCCCGUUGCAUAUUCAUAGACCCAUCAUACGUUUUCAAACUUUUCUGUAAACUGUUUUCCAUAUUCCAGGAAUUGUUUUACAUGACCACUCCUUGAGUCUGGCUUUUUAGAGCAUGUGUGUUUCUUGGCUGUGUUUUUAAUUUAUUUUUCUUACCAGUCUUAAUUUGGGCUGUAGUCUUCAAUUUCUACGAAUGGUGCUGGUAGCUGCUGUAUCAGUAGCAGGUGUCUUCACUGGGUGUUACCCAACCAAGCAGACAGUUCACUUACUACAAAGACAUUUUAUCAGCUUGUUACUCCUAAAGAAAAAAUAUAUCUCAAAAACCAUUUCAACAUCACACAUAUAGUAUCCAGCCUAAUAUUUGCGAAAAGCCAAUACCAUAAUACGUAUUUGUAGCAUAACUCAGUUUUCCUGCAGUGCUGCUGCUUGUGACAAUGAAGCUUUAUUCUGGCUGAUGUGAAAUGCAGUGCUGUAUCCCACCAGUACUGGUAUUUCAGCCAGCCUGGUACCUAAAGCCAUGUUGGAAGGAGUUUCUAGUGUGUUAAUCCAAAUAAAUGCUGGAAAAGCUGCUGUACUGAGUGUACCCAAAGCAGGGGUGCCAUCUUGUACUUUCCACAACUGUCAUCCUUGUGCCUUGGAUCUAUUCCCAAACAGGUAAAGAUGUGGGAGCUGUGGUGAAGCUGCCUGCAGCUAUGGUGUUGAUGUUUUGCUGUGAAGGGAUUUACAAAUGGAUUUGGAAUCACCUCCUGCCCGGAUACCAUGGACCAGUGCUGCUUGUGCCUGCUCUCCAGAUGGAGGAUCCCAUCCAGCUGAAAGAGGAGGGCAAUAAAUAUUUUCAGGCCAGUGACUAUGAGAAAGCCCUUCAAAGCUACACUCAAGCCAUAAAGCUCAACAAGGACAAGGCGCUGCAGGCGGUGCUGUACAGGAACAGGGCAGCCUGCUUCCUCAAAAAGGAGGAAUAUGCCAAGGCAGCCUCGGAUGCAUCUAGAGCUAUUGACAUCAAUGCCUCAGAUAUCAAAGCCUUGUACCGGCGCAGCCAAGCCCUGGAAAAACUGGGGAAGUUAGACCAAGCAUUCAAAGAUGCUCAGAAAUGUGCCACCCUUGAACCCCGCAACAAAAACUUCCAGGAGACCCUGAGGAGACUAGGGGCCAACAUCCAGGAGAAGCUGCGCAUUCAGUUCUCCACAGACUCGAGGGUGCAGAAGAUGUUUGAGAUCCUGCUGGAUGAGAACAGCGACAAAGAAAAGCGAGAGAAGGCUGCAAACAACCUCAUAGUCCUGGGGCGGGAAGAAGCAGGUGCUGAGAGGAUUUUCCAGAAUAAUGGGGUCAACUUGCUGCUGCAGCUGAUAGAAACCAAAAAUCCUGAGCUGAUCCUGGCAGCCGUGAGGACACUUUCAGGAAUGUGCACAGGACAUAAGGCUCGGGCCACUGCCAUUCUCCAUUACCUGGGCAUCGACAGCAUCUGCAUGUGGAUGUCGGUGGACAAUGAAGAAAUCUCCCUGGCUGUCUGCAACCUCCUGCAGACCAUCACUGACUGCCUGCUGGGCCAGGGGAAGGAGGAGCACCACGGCAAGGAGGAGGCUCUAGUGCUAGACACUAAGAAGGAUUUGAGGAUGAUCACGAUGCGUUUGCUGGAUAUGCUGGUCAGUAAGAAAGUGUCUGGGCAAGGGCGAGACCGAGCCCUCAACCUCCUCAACAAGAACAUACCAAGGAAGGACCUGAAAGACCAUGACAACAGCAGGAGCAUCUUUGUCAUCGACAAUGGCUUAAAAAAGAUACUGAAAGUGGUGGGCCAGAUUCCUGAGAUGCCUGACUGCCUGCCACUGACAGAGAACACCCAGCUGACUGCCUCUGUGCUCCUGAAUAAGCUCUACGAUGACCUGCGCUGCGACCCGGAGCGGGACAACUACCGGCUGAUCUGCGAGGAGUACAUCAAGAGCAAAAUCGACCCACAAAACAUGGAUAAGACACUCCAUGCUGUCCAGAUUGUGUCUGGAGUUCUGCAAGGGCCCUUUGACUUGGGCAACAAGCUGCUUGGCAUGAAGGGCGUGAUGGAGAUGAUGGUUGCCCUGUGUGGGUCUGAGAGGGAGAUUGACCAGCUGGUGGCUGUGGAAGCCCUCAUCCACGCCUCCACCAAGCUGAGCCGAGCCACCUUCAUCAUCACCAACGGGGUGACGCUCCUGAAGGAGAUCUACAAGAAAACCAAGAAUGAGAAGAUCAAAAUCCGAGCUCUGGUGGGUCUCUGCAAGCUGGGCUCAGCAGGAGGCACAGACUAUGGCCUGCGGCAGUUUGCUGAGGGCUCCACUGAGAAGUUGGCCAAGCAGUGCCGAAAGUGGUUGUGCAACACCAGCAUUGAUGCCCGCACCAGGAAAUGGGCUGUGGAAGGGCUCUCGUACCUCACCCUUGAUGCAGAUGUGAAAGAUGACUUUGUUGAGGAUGAGCCAGCCCUGAAAGCUAUGUUUGAUUUAGCCAAGGCAAGUGACAAGACAAUCUUGUAUUCCGUGGCUUCUGCAUUGGUGAACUGCACCAACAGCUAUGAUACCAAGGAGCUGGUCCCAGAGCUGGUGCAGCUGGCAAAAUUCUCCAAGCAGCACGUGCCUGAGGAACAUCCAAAGGACAAGAAGGACUUUGUGGUGAAGCGGGUGAAGCGGUUGCUGAAGGCCGGGGUUGUCUCUGCCUUGGCCUGCAUGGUGAAGGCUGACAGUGCCAUCCUGACUGACCAGAGCAAGGAGCUCAUUGCCAGGGUGUUUCUUGCCUUGUGUGAAGACCCCAAGGACCGUGGGACCAUUGUUGCUCAAGGUGGUGGGAAGGCCCUGAUACCUCUGGCUGUGGAAGGCACAGAUGUUGGCAAGAUAAAGGCUUCUCAUGCUCUGGCAAAAAUCGCUGCUAUCUCCAAUCCAGACAUUGCAUUCCCAGGAGAGAGGGUGUAUGAGGUGGUGAGGCCCCUGGUCAGCCUGCUGAACACAGAGAGAGAUGGCCUCCAGAACUAUGAGGCUCUGUUAGGUCUCACAAACUUUUCCGGAAGAAGUGAUAAACUUAGGUUGAAGAUAGUCAAAGAGAAGGCCCUGCCAGAUAUUGAAAACUACAUGUUUGAGAACCACGACCAACUUCGACAGGCAGCCACAGAGUGCAUGUGCAACCUGGUGGUGAACAAGGAGGUUCAAGAGAGGUUUGUGGCCGAUGGCAAUGACCGGCUGAAGUUGGUAGUGUUGCUGUGUGGUGAGGAUGAUGAGAAGGUUCAGGUGGCAGCAGCAGGAGCCCUGGCCAUGCUUACGGCAGCGCAAAAGAAACUCUGCUCGAAGAUGACUCAAGUGACCACCCAGUGGCUUGAAAUCCUGCAGAGGCUCUGCUUGCAUGACAACAUGGAGGUCCAGCACCGAGGACUGGUCAUUGCUUUCAACUUAAUCAGCGCUGACAAAGAGCUGGCAAAGAAGCUGGUGGAGUCAGAGCUCCUGGAGAUCCUCACCUACGUGGGGAAGCAGGAGGAUCACCCCAAGAAGCAGCACAUCAUUAAUGUGGCACGGGAUUGCCUCACCAAGUGCAUGGAUUAUGAGCUGAUCAAACCUCUCUCUCGGGCGUGAGGGAGCGAAAAGCACCAAAAAAAGGCUGAGUGUGGGGGGAAAAAAAUGGAGAAAUGUGGGAAAGUGAGAGCCAUGAGGAGAAUCUAGUGCCAUUGUCAAGGCACUGAAUAGUUUGGGGACAGCUUUGGAGGAUCAUAAGUGUUAUGAGGAAAAGGAAGGAAUUUGCCUGGGGUGUAAAUCCUUUCUCUGCCCCCAUUCAGCUGAUAAUGCUGAAAGCUUCAAGGCCCAGCUGUAAAAGAGCUGGUUGUGCUGGAGAUGUGUCUGGAGGCUGUUGGAAGGAAACUCAACAAAGCUGAAAUCAGUUCUGCAUCCACCUCCAGCUCCUGGUACUUCUGGAAUUGCCAGCAAUGGUGGAACAGAGAGGGUUAAGUGCCUUCUAUUCUGUAGUCAGAAAAUAGGAUUUUAGCUGUGUGCCUUUAUGUUCAUUUAUUGGAAGGUGUGUGCCAAAGUGUGAGGAUGGUGGAUGAACUCUUA